AUGAAGUUCGAUCUCGAAGCGGGUGAAAGUGGUAUCGUAAAUCCUACCUUCUACCAGGAGCUGGCCGAUGAACCAACGACACAAGCAGCAGCAAGUCCGAGUGCGUCAGAUCUUACACAGGUGACCAUUACGAGGCCCCGGUACCGACAGGAGCAGCUGAACGAUGCCCAUCGAUACCGCAAACCGCAACGAAAGCUGCACCGCGAGGUGAUCGACAGUGUCCGGCAGGUGGAUGCGAAAACGUGCUGCAAUAAUGUGUUUCCGCUCAUGACCUGGUUGCCGGAGUACUCGUGGAGUAAGGAUCUGGUGCGUGACCUGGUCAGCGGAUGUACGGUGGCUGUAAUGCACAUUCCGCAGGGUAUUGGGUAUGCGCUGCUAGCGAACGUGCCACCUGUGGUAGGGAUCUAUAUGGCGUUCUUUCCGGUGCUGGUGUACUUCCUGUUUGGUACCUCGCGCCACAACUCGAUGGGAACUUUUGCCGUAGUGUCCAUCAUGGUUGGUAAAACGGUCCUGGCGUACACUGGUACAAGCGAAUCCGGUGAACCUGCCCGCACCGCUCUGGAAGUGGCCACAGCCGUAGGAUUCGUUGUCGGGAUCAUGCAGCUUAUCAUGUGCGUGUGCCGGUUGGGUGUGAUAUCGUUUCUGCUCUCAGAUACACUCGUGUCUGGCUUCACAACCGGGGCUGCCAUACACGUGGUGACAUCGCAGAUCAAAGACUUGCUAGGACUAACGCUACCCACGGUGGGCAGCAUGUUCGAAAUCAUCAAGACUUACAUAGAAAUCUUUAGGCAAAUUGUCAACGUUAAUUGGGCAGCGGUCAUCAUAUCGGCCAUCACGAUCGUGAUACUGGUGGUGAACAACGAGAUCCUGAAGCCGAAGGUUGCAAAACGCAGUGUCAUUCCGAUUCCUAUUGAGCUAAUUGCGGUCAUUGCCGGUACGUUGCUGUCGAGGUAUCUUUAUUUACGCGAGGAGUAUGGCGUUAAGACAAUCGGAAACAUACCCACAGGACUGCCCGCUCCCACACUUCCUGAUUUCAGCCUGAUGCCAUCGAUUCUCCUCGACAGUUUCCCCGUGGCGAUGGUCGGAUAUACCGUGUCUGUAUCCAUGGCGCUUAUUUUUGCGAAAAAAGAAAACUACGAAAUCGGAUUCAACCAGGAGUUGUUCGCGAUGGGAACCGGGAACGUGUUUGGUUCCUUUUUCUCCUGUUUCCCGUUUGCGGCUUCCCUGUCACGCUCCUCAAUCCAGUACUCGGUUGGAGGGCGAACACAGAUUGCAUCGGUUAUAUCCUGCGCGCUGCUAGCGAUCGUCCUGCUAUGGGUGGGACCUUUCUUUGAGCCACUUCCACGGUGUGUCCUGGCGGGCAUCAUCGUAGUUUCGCUCAAGGGCCUUCUAAUGCAGGUGACGCAGCUGAAAGGCUUUUGGCGGCAAAGCCAGAUCGACGGUAUGGUGUGGAUUCUAACGUUUCUCUCGGUGGUGCUGAUCGCCAUCGAUAUCGGGCUGCUUGUGGGAAUCGUACUGAGCAUCUGCUGCAUUUUCUUCCGCGCUCUCAAACCAUACACCUGUUUGCUUGGAAAUGUGCCCAACACUGAUAUUUACUUGGAUGCGAACCGAUACGAUGGACUGGUUCAACAACCGGGUAUGAAAAUAUUCCAUUACUGUGGAGCAUUAAACUUCGCCUCACGAGCUGCCUUUAAGACCACGCUCUGCGAAACGCUUGGCAUUAACCUGACUGAGGAGAUCAAACGGCGCAAGGAUCCGGACUGGAAGCCAAGCAUUGAGCAGAGCAUUCGUUAUCUGAUACUGGACUUAACAUCGUUGAGCUCGAUCGAUCCUUCGGCCAUUACAACGUUCAAGGCGAUGGUACGUGAAUUCGAUGUUCUCCAAAUUCACAUCGUUCUUGCCGGCUGCCAACCGCCCGUGUUUGAAGUAAUGCAAAAGUGUGGAUUAAUAGGAGACAUUGAAAAACCAUAUUGUCAAGUUUUUGCCGCUAUACAUGAUGCUGUGCAUUACGUGCGAGAAUCUAUGGAAUCUGCGCCAUCCGGUUAGGAUCAUAUAUCAUUUCUUCUUUUCCGUGCCAUGCUGUAGUUGACUUUGUGACGAGCAAAGGAUGUGUACUUAACUUUGACGGCGAUCUUUCGAUUGACGGAAGCUUGUGCAAGUAUUUCCAUAUCGAUAGUUAUAGUUAAUUGAAGAUAAUUGUUGUAAAUAGAUUAAGGAAUUAUUUACACUCAAUAGGAUACGCCUCGGAUAAAAAAAACAACACUGCAGUGUAAUGA